CGCCAACGCCGCCGCCUGUUUGCAUCGCGUGCGCUGCAUGAGUUUCGCCAGUUUCCACGCCAGUGAUUGCGGCGAAGAGGCAGGUGCCGUGAAAGGUCGCGUUUGUUUGCCUUCUUGCCCUUUCUCGCGGACACCGUUGCCGUGUUGCGUGCGUGUCGGAUGGUCGUUCGCUCGAAGCCGUCACCAGUGUCGGCAACCCAUUCUGCGGCUAUCGAAGGACCUUACCAGCAGAAGGAGCGACCCUCAAACGACAUGCGUUGACAUCCGGGAGUGUAUCGGUGGAGUAGUAUACCCGUUACUGCUAUCGCAAAUUGCGUUCGGAUUUCACUGACCACGCAAUCCCAGCUGCCAACUGUGUACUGUGCACGCGAAGUGUGUGUCUGUGUCUGUGUGUGUUUGUUGCGCGCGUUGACUCAGCGCUCAUCGUACAACUUGUUUCGCACGCAUGGCGCUAAACCGGCUGAAGGCUUGUCGCGGUCUUCAGCCGGUUCCCGAGGAGUCUGCAGCCAAUGGAACGACGGCUGCUGCACACCCGGGUGCUGCUGCUGCGGCUGCGACCCUUCCGCUGAAUACACUGGAGCAGUGUGUCAAAAAUGCUGAUGGCACCAACCCGAACAACGCGAGCGCCACCGCGGACCGCAGCCUUCGGCGUUGGUGCUCCGAAGACGCAUCCGCGGAGCGGCCUCUACCCGACAACGUCUCCGAGAAGGAGUAUCGCAUCUGGUUUCCACGGGCCGAAGUGUCCCACGAAGACUCCACCGACCGUGCUUCGAGCGACUGGCGGACCUUCCGGGAGUACCGGUACACCGAGUGCUCCCGGGCCGGUCGACUCGAGAAGACCCUCUCUGUGGACGAAGUCUACAAGGGAAAGGACUCUAAAGGUACUGUGGCCGCCGCGCUCCUAUCAGCCCACGUUGGCGUUCCACUGCGUAUCUUGCUCCAAGGAUGAGGACAAAGGAAGCUCAUUGGGCGAGGAGGGAGAAGGACGCUGCCGGAUGCUGUCGUCGACCAAGAGCGAACUGUUCAGGGAGCACCGCGGUCAGCUGCUCUCGCGGCUAAUAGACGGCGACACUUCUACGUGGCAAAGGUCGCCGCAGCCGCUGGAGAGGGACAAGAAGCCAAAGCUCUCCGAAGACCCAGGGACGGAUGACACGGGCCGCUGGGAAAAGGAAGCACUAGAGUCGUCAGUGUGCCAAACGAACUCCGAGAAGGUUGCCUUCGGAGGCGACGACAUUGCCAAGAAGAGUAGAAGUUCGGACGUUCCGAGUUUCAACGAGGGAGGGCUGGCUUCGACGCCAGCGUCGAGGUCUCUGCCGGAAAACAUGAACAAGGGUGACAUCCAUCUCUCUGUAAGCGCCGUUGUACAGGACGCGAGCCUCGUGUCCGUGGACGACGAGUUUGACGACUCCAAGUGCACUUACGUGAAGGUCGACAGUGUGGACUCUGAGGUGGAGGACGAAACCGACUUGGAGGGUAGGGAAACUGUGAUUGGAGCACCGUCGCCCGACGAAUUGGGAUACAUAGAGGAGGAACCGGAAGAGGACGAGGACGAACCCAGGGGAGUUUCUGAGAUUCAAAGAUCAUCUUCCGGUACGACGCGUGAAACUCUUGAGAAUGAAAGUAGCAGCGUAGUGUAUUCAGCUACAGAAUGCCGGCACCAGGAGUCGCUCUCUUCGAAGGCGGAUGUUAAAGAAUCUAGUGAGGCUGGUGCAAGAGGAAACGGUUUACAAUUCAACGGAAGUACUUCAGACGCGGCUGCUCGCUUGAUUGUUGACCUGGACGCACUGGUAGAUGGAAAGUCUCAAAAGUGCCAUAGUGAAGACUCCAAAGACUGUGCGCUCGACGACCAAAAUGCAAGGCGACUUAGCCACGAGCAGAAGGAACAGAACGAUACGGCUGAAGCAGCACCACGUCUUGACGAUUUGUCUGACGCGGAAACAAAUGAAAGUGACACCAAAUCGGUGGAAUCCGUUAUUUCGGUGAAAGCCGAGGCCGUGCUUUUGCCAAACAUGAAUGGCCAAAGCAAAGAAGGAGUGCUUGUAGACACUGUCGAUAGAUCUGCCAACAAAAAAGAAAGCAGUUUAGACGGUGCAGAAAUAUUAGGCAACAGCGAUAGGCUAAAUCAAUGGCUCUUUUUGAGCGAAAUUGUCACCGUAACGGAGUCAAGUGACGUUGCGACAUCGCAAGAAAAGAGUGGCGAGAGCAAGGAGGACAUUUCGUUUUGUAUGAAUGUCACAGAAGACUCAAACGAAACGUCUAAAGACGCGUCAAUUUCUUAUAGUGAGUCUACCUCUAGCACCGGCACUUCUAAUCAUGAAUCGUGCAGGGCUGAAAACAAGAGCGAACAGUUUUCAAAGCACGCAAGGGACCUCCAAGGAGCUAAGCAUGCUCACAAGGACCUCACUGAAAGUCUGCAUAGCACUGUACACAAAAAUGAGCGCGUGUUUGGCUCAGCAAGCCUCAGUCGCCGAGAAGAGUCACGAAACUUUGAAGACAGUCACGAGUUAACGAAAGAUGCAGCUGCGCAUAUCUUUGACGUCAGUGAACGUAUCGAGGAAGUACUGGACGCUACCUCAAAGACGGUCGUAAGUUCAGUGACGUCAAAAUACACAUUCAACAACGAAGAGGACGUCAGUGUUCAAGCUGGCAAGGAGCACGCUUCCACCAUAGAUGAAUGCUGCCGAUACGGCUCCGAUGAAAGCUCGAGUGAACAGCUAGAACAAUCAUCGAUCGAAGCUCCUGGACCGAAAGAACACGAGUUUUCUCAGCUGCUAAAGACAGGGACGUUGACUGAAGAGGCGUGCAAGCUCGAAUCAGUGACUCGUCUCACCAGUGUGGACGAGGUCUCGGAGAAAACACAGGAGAGUGUUACCUUCAUAACGGACGAUUCACUCUUGAGUAGGGACGUUGCCAGUACCAAAAGGGCAAGUGCUGACAAAGAUGGAGACCAGCGUGAAAAUCCAGACGUUCCACGAGGCGUCAAGAACAGCGUCGAAAAGAUUCUCGAGAUCGAAGAAGUGCUGAAACAAGACACCUACCGAAGUGCCGAAAUGCGCUUUCUAACAAAUACGGAAGUCGAGGCGCAGAACGUACUCAUGUGUUUCACGGAUUGUGAAGAGCCUUGGAAGCAAACAUCGAAAACUGUUUCAAGCAUUCUAAAUGAUUCAACGUCUAGAAAAAGCGUCCUGGUUGAUGACGUAGGGCGUGUUACUGGCGACGUUAAGAAGCGAGACGAACAUUUAAGAGAGACAGGAAUAAAGGAAUUUCAAGAAGACGUAAUAGAACGGUUCGACAAUCUGGCACUCAAGAAUGGUAGUGGGUUUCAAGCUGAGGGCGUGUCUGUUCUUGAUAACGCUCAGACGCCGAAUGAAAAUGCGAAUAAAAUUCAAGACUCCGGCGUGCUCGUAGAAAUAGGGAGCGUGACUGGCGAUAAAGAAAACGUUCCAACGAUAUUGGCUGACGAGCAUCAUCUCUUCAAGGAACAGGAGACCUCUUCGGUUGAAGGACAAGAUGGCACGGGUGUUAUGAAUACAGUGACCAGCAGUGUUCACGAGGAAAGCUCAUUAUCGUCUUCUAUAAAAGUCAGCAUGCUAAAAGACGUCAUCGCACUGAACAGGACAGAUGACGCAACCAGCGUCGACGAUGUGUCACUUCAGGACGACAACGACCAAGGAUUCGAAUCUCUUCCUUGUGACCAGACACUUGAUCCGGAAGACUUGAAUGGCGAACAAGUGAAAGAGGAAUCAGGCGAUGCCAAAAACAUCCUGUCCGAGCACGAUGAUAGCAACAGAGGUGCGGACAAAUUGACCGCCUUAUCGGCUGAACUUGUUGGGCCGGAGAAAUCCACGCCCGUUAGUUUGCAACAUGAAACAGUCGCACAAAGUUCGUCGACUGAAGCCACUGACCUGAAGAAUGAGGCCCUUCCCGAGCCUGAGCUUCGAAGCAGAAUUAGCACCGACAAAGUUGACAAUGAGGGCAGAAGCACAGAAAGUAUUGUUAAUGGAAUUGCAUUAGACGAAAAAGUUCACUCCCUGUCGGCAACGAGCUCUGAGAUUGAAGAACACGAGGAGACAAAGCUACAGGCGUCAGAACGCAAUUCAGGUGAGGGUGAUUCUGUGGUUACUGGCAAACGCAAUAUCACUGAGAUUACAGGGAACAAUGGAGGCAACGAAAACAUUUACGUCAAGGGCAUAGAGGAGAAUACAACGAAAACAUCCGACCCUCACAGUAUCGACACAUCGACGAGUCAGCAAAACUUACAGGAGGAGGACGAAGCAGGCAUGCACGACGAAACGUCCGAAGAGCUCGCAAGUGAACAUUCCGGGAACCGAACUACCACCGAUGACAAGAUCGGGAAGGCCAGUGACGACACCUCAGCAAAUGGCUCACAAGACAUUGCAGUGCCUACUGAAUCUAGCGAACGAAAUGAGAUAUUAGAAGAGCUUGUAACCGAAAAACUUGUUAACCGGAGCAGCAGCGACGCAAUCAUUGAAGUAAAAGAAGAACGUUUCAUGAAACAAUCGUCCGUAAUUACAACGCAAAACGAAUCGAGUCGGCGACACGAAACAUCGGAAGAACUUCUGAGCGAAGAAUCUGCGAAUCAGAGCACUAGUGACAGCGAGAUCGUCAAACUAGAGGCAGAUCCAUCAGACACAAAGUUGCCAAACAUUUCAGUGCCCGUUGAAGAAAGCGUGCGCAAAGAAACGUCGGAGGAGUCUGGCAGUGAACGAACUACACAUCCUAGCUUCCGGGACGUCGAGGUCACCGAACCGAAGGCAUUAGUUCGAGAACUUUCAGAUCUUGUAGAUACUGGAGCGAGUGUGCCAAAUGAAGUGUCAGAAGGAUCUGAAGGCGGAACGCCAUUGAGCCAGAGUACUAAUGACGAGAUCACCGUAAUGAAGGCCAAUACACCUGUAAGCGAGAUAUCAGAGACAAGAGUGCCUAACGAUGUAAGCAUACAGGGUGAAUUAGUCGAAGUUUCUUCAAAUGAAGAGUCUCCAAGUCAGAGCACCGGCAACAAAGAUGUUACAGGGGAAGGAGAAGAGGCAUCGACAGAACUGCUGUCAAAUGAUUUAAGAACAGAAAGUAAGAAUCCUGAUGCUAUUGCAAGUGACAAGUCUGUGACCCACAUCACUGAUGACCAGCAUGCUACUAACGUGAAGGAAGAUUUGUCAGUAAGUGAAUUUCUAGAAAUGGCAGUGUCGAAUGAACUAAGAGCACAAAGCGAAACGUUGAAUGUACUUACAAGCGAAGAACUUGCGAACCACAGCAACACGAACGUCGAUGUCACCGACACGAAGGCGGAGAUAUCACGGGGUGAGGUUCCAGAAAUCGUAGUGAUUACUGAAGCGAGUGAAGUAAAUGAAACGUCGGAAGAAUCUGCGAGUGAAGCGACUGCGAAGGAGAGCACGAACGAACAGAUUACCAAGGUGGAACCACAUACAGCUGUAUGCGAGAUGCCAGAGAUAGCAUUUUCCAGCGAAUUAAACACGCAAAGCAAAGCAUCUGAUGUACUUGCGAGCGAAGAAUCUGGGAACCGUGACAAGAUUGCCAUCGCGGUCACCAAAGUGGAUGAAGAGGUAUCAGUUGGCGAUGUUGCGACAACCGCAGCGUCUACUGAAUCUAUUGGGAGAAAGGAAGCAGCGGAACAGUCUGCAGGUAGAGUGCCUGCGGAUCAGAGUACGAACGAAAAGAUUACUGGGGCGGAGCAGGACACAUCUGUGUGCGAGUUUCCAGAUAAGGCAUUAUUCGGUGAAAUGAGCGCACAGAGCACGGAUGCACUUGCAAGCGAAGAAACCGGGAAAGUGAAUCUAGAAAUGUCAGCCGGGGAUGUUACGGAUAUCGCAGCAUGUGCUGAGCCUAUUGAACGAAAUGAAAGGCCAGAACAACCUGUAAGCAAAUCACCUGCAGACGAGAACGCGAACGAUGAGAUGGCCAGAGCGCAGCAGUACACAUCUGCAUUCGAGUGGCCAGGUAAAACGUUUUCCAGAGAAUCAAGCGCGCAAGUCAAAACACGAGAUGCACUUGCGAGCGAAAAACCUGUCAAUGGGAGUGCCGAUAACCACGAUGUCACCAAAGAAAAUGCAAAGACGUCUGUGAGUCAGCUGCCGGAAAUACUAGUGUCUUAUGAACCGAACGUCAAGAAUACAUCUGAGGAGCUUGCGAACGGGGAUACUCCUUGCCCAGGGACGAGCGGCCCCGCAGUUACGAAAGUAACGUCAUUUGGCGAGGUCCCAGGAACUGUAGGUUCUACUGAAGCAAGUACGCCAUAUGAAACGUCGGAAGAGUCUGCAAGUGAAUUGCCUGUGAACCACAACACCGCAAAAAGAGAACUCGACCAGAUCGAAUCAAAUGCAUUAGUAGGCGAGUCACCAGAGACAGCAGCGUUCAUCGAAGCUAGCUUGCAAAGUAAAACGUCUGACAAAUCAUCGAGCCAGGAGACUGGGGGCCAAAAUGACGAUAACUGGAGCACCAAUCUGGAGAGGGACAUUUCGGCGAGAGAGUUGUCAGAGAUCAUCACCUCUAAUGAAACGAUUAGCCGAAGUAAGAGUCCUGAAGAGUCUGCAAGCAGAGACGCUGCGCACCAGAGUAUCACUAAACACGCUGCUGAAGUAAAGGAAGAAAUAACAGCAAGCAAAUUUUCAGAGGUCGCGAUGAUUGAUGACGCGAGCGUGCAAAAUAAACCUGGGAAGUCCGAAUGUGAAGAAUCUGCCAAAGAAAGCAGCAGUGACAACGACGUCACUAAAGUUAACGGAGAAACAUCGAACGAGUCGCCGGAUAUGAGACUGUGCAGUGAAGAGAGCGUCAAAGGUAAAACAACCGAAGAUUGUAUGAGCGAAAAGCCUGUUAACCAGAACGUCGGUAAUGAUGAACAAAUCGCCAAAGUGGACGCAGAGACACCCGAAAUCGAAUCAACAAAUAUAGGAGAUUAUAAUGAAGUGAUCAUGCAGAGUAAGACAACAGAAAACCUGACAAACGGGGAAGAUGUGCUGCAAAGCGUCGAUGAUUGUAACACUGAAGUGUACGGACAGAUAUUAUCAAACGUACUACCAGAGAUUGUAGCGCCUGAUAACGCACAAUUGAAAACAUCUAAAAACUUCAAAGUGAAACGGUUGAGGAUGAAAACACCGAUGGUAUUGUAA